GUCUGUCACCGGAAACCAGGAAGUUUGGCUGCUAAAGUGACAUAAAGCCGAGCGGUGAUGUUGUGUAACCUCACGUUUUGUAAGUACUAUCUGUCAUUGUUGCUUUGAUAUUAGUCUUUGUGUAUCUUAUUUUACCCAGAGAACUUAUAACAGAAACCUUGACCUCUUAUUAGACGGUUUAAUAUAUGUCGGCUUGUUUAAUUCCACUCGGACAGAUGCGGGUUCCGCAGACAGCUGAUGAUGCUCAGCUAACCGUUAGCUUAGCAGCUAGCCCAGCCACGUAAACAAUAGAGAGCUGUGGGGGAUUUAAAGGUUUAGACUUCAGUGUAUGUGAAAUUAUAACAGACUGAAUAUCUAUCACAGAGCUAACUGCUUAAAUAUCUUUAAAUUAUUGUGAACGUAGACCUUUAUGGAGUAAUAGAGCUGAAGUCUGUCGAGAUUUAAGAAACCAUGAACUAAACGUACUGCUAAUACUUUGGUUAUUAGUUAUGUAUCUGUGUGAGCAUUAUAAAGUUAUCCCAUGUUAGCUGAUUAAGAAUAUUUGCCAAAAAAUAAAAGUUAAUUCCAUUUAAUGUGAGGUUUGUAGUAUGAGGAAGCUGGUUCUCUAUAUAUUUGACUAUGUCACCAUGGUAACCGUCUCUAGAGUUAAAUACAGCUCUUAAUUAAACAAUGUAACUCAAUGUGUCCUUCCCAUCUCCCCUUUUUCUGUCAAAACAGUGUCGUUUUCUCUGCAACAACUUCAACAAUGUCCAUCACUACUUAUCAUCUUAUCAGUCCAUUUCACUCAGAACCAUCACAAGGCUUUGAAGAGCCAUCCUAUUAAAAUGUUAAAAUCUACUCUGCAGUACACCUCUGACCUCUCUGAAUAACUCACCGUCUGAAUGGUUGUGUCUGCAGCAAUAUCACCAUGCCUGUAGAGGGUUCAGAGGACCAGCUGCCCUCGUCUCUCUCCAGCCCUGUCAGUGCUGCUCUUACCCCCGGAGGAGGGACAGAAGAUGAUGGGGCAAUUGGGGGCACAGCGGUCUGCUCUUUCCCUGGAAACAACCAGGGCUCUGAGGCUGCUGCAGCUUUUCCUGCAAACACUGGACCUGAUGAAGGCACAAGUGGUGAGCUACCUUAAUACAAUAGAGAGUAAUGCCUCAAAUAGCUUUGAUCUGUUCUCUAAUGUGUUUUGAUUUGUUGCAUGGUACAGGUAAAAGGUCUGGAGCCUUGCUGCAGAUUGAUCGACAGCGGAUCCAAGCAGCAUCGGCCAGCUCCGGAGCUGAUGAACUCCUGGGUCUUGGGGUGGCUGUGUACGAUCAGGACGUCCUUGAGCAAGGUGUCCUGCAGCAGGUGGACGAGGCGAUUCAUGAGGCCAGUCAGGCUGCUGCGAAAGUCGAGGCAGAGAAAGAAUAUCACUCUGUGCUCGAUGAUGUCAGGUAAAGUACAACAUUAUGUACUACAGUCACACUAAGAUUUGUACCUAACAUCUAUAAAUGUAAGAGCACACUGUUGAGUGGCAGUAGCCAUUUCUAUUCUGAUUGUAAAUUUCUUACAAAAUAAUCUUUGAAAAAGAAAUCGAACACUUUUACUGAAACUUUACUUGGUCUCCCAGAUUUCUGCAUGUUGAAUUUGCAUAUCAAAUUAACUUCUAACCCUAACAGGCCUUCUAGAACAUACUGACUAUAUAUGUGUGUUUCAGGUCUGUUACUUUGUCCCUGAAACAUAUCAACAAGAUCAUCGAGCAGCUCUCUCCGUAUGCUGCCUCCAGCAAAGAUAUCAGUAGGAAGAUUGAAUCGGUUAAACGGCAGAAAGAAAACAAGGUACAGUAGUCAAGAUGACAAAGUUUCAAAAUAAAAUUGAACUACUUACAUUAUAAGUGUGGUGAUAACAAAAACACUUUUUAUUCAGGAGAAACAGCUGAAGAAAAUCAGAGCCAAACAGAAGAGACUUCAGGCCAUUCUGGGAGGAGAGGACACCCAAAGAGUGGAGGCUGAGCUUUUGGCUGAUGAGGAUGAUGAAGAAGAAGGUGAGGUGUCUCUUGAACUCAGAUACUCAUGGAGGUAGUGAUUAUGAGGCUGGGAGGUCAGCCCUUGGUUAGAUAAGUCUGAGAAGUGUGUGUUUUUUUUUAUUUGUUAAAUUUACAGUAAAGCUCUGCACAGCCAAAACUAUAUUGAAGUAGAGCUGAAACAGAAACAACACACAGUAUUCAUACCAGCUGAAAGUAUGGUUGCCAAAAGGCUAAUCUGUGGCGUCACUUUUCUGAAUUAACAGAGUUGGUCAUGAGGAAAGGCUUGAUAUUAGGUUAUUUACCCUAUUUUACAUUAAAAUGUUAAAAUCUGGAAUGGACUUUAUUUUUUACAUUUUCUUUUCCAAAUCCACCAUAUGACUUAUUGAGUCUUAUAAUGUUUGUUUUUACUUUCUAAUAAAUGUAAAAAAAUGUAAAAAAGUAGUGAUGUGAGAUAUGUUAACAGUCUGAGAUAGUUUCCCUUUUAAUAAUGUGUGAAAUGACAAGAUUGGAUCUCUCAAACAUUCAUAACACACCUUGACCUUUUACACACCAGUGCUGGAACAGAGUCCUUUAAUCACCACACCUGUGUACUUAUACUUUGCACUUCUUUGCACUUGAAGAAAGCAUGAUAUUAGCGUCAAUCACAGUGUGUGAUUACAAACAGGUUCUUAGCUCCUACUCUACUCAUCGCCACCUGCUUACCCCCUCUCCACUUUUGGUACUUCCUCAGAAGGAGAAUCAGAGGCAGAAGACUUUGCCCCACUAUUAAAUAUUCGGCCUUAAAAUGGCAGCAUUCAGCACCGAGAAUUCACACACAGAUAAUACCUGGGCGGUUUGUCCGAAUAAGUUUUUUUCAGCUUCCCAAGUAGAAGCACUACAGUGACCUUUUAUAGAUCUUGUCUAAAGAUCAGACACAGUGAAGGGAAACCAGGGUUGGAGGGUGAGACACAACAUAGUGCAGUUUGUGUGGGGAGGGCAGAGUGGGGGUAACAGAGCUGAAAGAGAUACAAAGAUUUACCUGACAGUGACAGUAGAAUUUACAGUACUGUAUGUAACCCAGUCUGUUAUCUGUGUUUCUUCAGAAGCUGGGCCGUCUACCCUUGGCAGCAUGCUCAUGCCCGCCCAAGAAACAGAAUGGGAGGAGCUUAUCCGAAAAGGUCACAUGACCCCUUUUGGUACACGCAUCCCGCAGAAGGAAGUUAAAAAGGAGCCUCGAAAAGUGAUGCUGGCUGAGAACUCAGCAUUUGACCAGUACUUGAUGGACCAGGCCAAGCUGGCUACGGAGAGGAAGAAGGUCCCUGCUCCAAAGAGGAGGAGGAGCUCCGGACACAGCUCAGGACCUGAUGAUCAGGCCAGAAGUAAAACCAAGAGGACUAAAUUGCUUCCCAAGGAUAAAAAAAUGAGGAAGCGCAUGCGAAAGCUACAGAUAACCGCUCUGAAGGCUCAUCCCAAAGCUCGGCCUAAAAUCGAGCCACAGGCUCCUAAACUGAAGAAGAAACAUCGCGCUGAGGGAGAGGAGACCGACAGUGAGGGGUCAGAGUAUCUGCCCAGCGAUGAAUGCAUGGAUCCAGAACAAGAAGAAAGAGACGCCCUGGAGGAGGGCUUUGGGGAGGAUGAUGAUGAAGAGUACGAGCUGAAACCAUACAAGAGGAAAACUGAAGGAAAAGGGAGAAAGAAGGUGAAAAAAGAAGAGAGUGAGGAGGACUACUUACCAGAGAGUUCAAAUGAAGAGGAGGAUAAGAAGGGUAAAACCAUAAGAUUCAAAGAUGAUGGAGAUGUGGAGUACUACAGACAGCGAAUAAGGUAUGACCAUGUCGCAGCUAUGAACUUGUUGACAUUAUUUGGUAUUUUUACCUUCAUAUUUAAAACGUGUCUUUCGUUUGUCAGCAGCAGAUUGUUGUCAGAGUUGUUUUUGGAUGUAAAGAUGCAAAAAGUUUCCAUGUGAAGUUUGAACGUAUACAUCCGGGCCUGAAAAUGACAGGCUCAAAAAACAAACACUGAGUCUUUAACUUUGGCAGUGGUGCAAAUGUGCUAUUGUUAUUCCCUUUAGUUAAGGAGAAAAGCAGUUUGUUUCUGCUGGCUCCGUAGUGCAGAAGGAGAGUUAAUCCCAGAUGAGAUUGGCAGCUGUUUCUUGACUAAGCAAAUUCACUCCCUGCUCUUCUUCUCUCUGCUCUCACACUGGCCUAAUUAUCCUCCUGCACAUGGUUUUAUACACUCACUCACUCUAAUGCUCAAAUUAAUGGAAGAGCAGCCCUAAUGAGAUUUUAUAUUUAUAGCUGCCAAAUAAAUUGUGUUGGCAUGUGUCCUUUUUCUACACUGCAGUGAUUGAAUGUCAAUUCAACAGCAUAGACACGGCAUGGAUGGUGAGGCUAGCUUAUAUGAGGAAUGAUAUUAUUAGAGCAGGCUGUAUUUGUAGUUAGGUAGAGGGGGUGGGGAUGGGGCAGAAAAGUGUAAUUAACUGAACCAAUGCUUAGUCUUGACUUAAUUAGAGAGUGUGGUCUCCCAGGCCCAGCUAAAGGACCAGUUUCAUGGCAGGGUGACAGGACCAGGCCCAAAUGAAGAUGGAUUCUUAUCCCCUCCACCUCACACCUUUCUGGGGAACUCGCACUACUAAUUGUCUGUAUCAAUCUUCAUUUGCUGCGCGACGACUGUGCCUCUAACUGCCCUCUCUCCUGCACCAUUAAAACUCUUCUCUUUACAUUUCCUUUUUUUGCUGUGGAUGUUCUACUGCUCGAGGGAAAUACCCACAACUCCAAACACUUGCUAUCUUCACACCUGUGUGGGCAAGUCUAGAACUACAUCACUGAGGACCAAAAGUGCAAAUGUAACAUCGAACUAUCCCUUCUGUGUCCCUGAUAACUCUGCUGGGGUUUGAAUUGAACUCAGCCUGGCCAAAUUUACAUGGGACUUUAGGAGACUUCUUGGAUAGGUGACGAGUUGAAAAGCUGCGAGUUGCUCUGUGUGUCUUUUCGUUAAGUUGUAACAAGCUCAUUGUUUGGCGUAGAGCUCAAUCUCUGUUACUUCUGUCUAACUUACUGAGAUCUUCAGUGAGACAGAAAAGAGAAACUAUUUUUACUGCCACAUGUUGUUUAACUGCAUUGGUAUACACUUGUUUGCUCUUUAGGAAGUGGAAGCGACAACGUCUCAGAGAUAGGGAGUCGAAGAGAGAAAGAGGCGAGGAGCUUUCGGAUGACAGCGAUGAAGAGUUUGACGAGGGCUUCAAAGUACCAGGUUUCCUGUGGAAGAAACUUUAUAAGUAAGUACAAAAGGAAGCAAAAAGGCAAAUCCCAUAUUCAGUCACUUAAAGGUGUUCCCGAUGGUAAAGUAAGGAAGUGAUGACAAAUGAUUGAUAGCAGUUUAUCUGUUCUUGAAUAAUAAAAGCUGUUGGCACAUACACUAAAACUAACAACCUUUAUCUUGAAACUGUAAUGAUUAAUUAAAGAUUAUUUGAUCAGUAUUUCAUGAAGCUGCUAUUAUAAGUCACUAUUAUCCUGUAGAGGUGAUUCUGUUGUUUUUAAAUACUUGUAUUAGAAACUAUGGCAUUGGUUUAAUUUGAAUAAAACUUAGUCGAAGAAAGUUUAUAUUCUUUACAUCUGAAACUUUAACCACAUUACAAGUCCUGGUAUUUAGCCCCCAUGUCAUCUUAUAUGACAUUUUUUUUCUCAAUAGUAAUUGUAACAAUAGUAAUAACAAUAAUGAUAAUGAUAAGUUAAUAUAUAUAGAAUAUAUAAUAAUUAUAUAUAAUAAUUAUAACAGCAGACAAGAAAUGAAUAUUAGAAUCAUAGAGAAUAAAGGGCGAAAAAUCCUAGAACAGCAUUUUAUGGACAUUAAAGAUUCCCAGAAGAGGGAAAUGAACAAAAAAGGAACAAAAGCAAAAUGACAAAUGAAAAAGAUAAGGGGCAGUUAGACGCAAAUAAAGCAGCCAAUAAAUAAAUGAAUAAAUCUGUGAGUAAAUGAAAUUAAUGAGACCAAGGACGGGAUCAGAUGAGGACGUUCAAACAAAUGGUGUGAACAAAACAUAAAUAAAUGAAAUAACGUUUUUUAAAGGAAAUAAAUUUAUCAAGUUAAAAUUGACGAGCGGUUAAAAUGUAUUUACAUAUCAUUUAUUCGUUUAAGCUUUUUAUUUAAUCAUGAUAAAUAUCUUUAUAGUUAAAAAUGUACUUUUGGCUCACCGGUCUAAUUUAUUUAUUUCCUUGGUUUUACUCAGGGAAGCACGGCUGAAUUAGAGUUCAGUUAAAUUACAGUGUGUUAGCAUCGUGUUGUCGUCAUAAACAGGUGUUUACCUUACCUGUAUGAUAUCACUCUGUCAGGUACCAGCAGACAGGUGUGCGGUGGAUGUGGGAACUCCACUGUCAGCAGGCUGGUGGCAUCCUCGGGGACGAGAUGGGAUUGGGUAAAACCAUCCAGGUCAUCAGCUUCCUGGCUGGACUGAGUUACAGCAAACUGAGGACCAGAGGAUCCAACUACAGGUACACACACACACAUACACACACAUAUAUACACACAAACUGUGGCCAGAGACUGUGUGUCUGUAUGGUAUGAAUAUUUGAUCAGGGGGAUUUCUGCUUGAGAGUGUUCAUCUGAAUUAUUAAACAUGUUUCAAUUAUCCGACUCUUCACUUUCUUACUGCAGACAUCAGAGAAAACACUGACACUCUGUUUGUGUGGUGUUCCUGUGUGUGUGUGGGUGAGAGACAGUGUGUAUGCGUUUGUGUGUCUGUUAGAGUGGGGUGGAGUGUCUUUAUGAACACUUAAAAUGAAAUUUGGACUCAUGAAGUGGGGGUGGAGCCGGUGUGGGACAACAAAUCAACUGUAGAAAACAUGCCACAGCGGUGAUGAUAAUCUGGUUUUACUGCUCAAACGACACUCGUGCAUCAAGGAGGUGGAGCUUCCCUGAUGGUCAAUACUCUGUCUGCGAUGGACGCCCACAAAUUGAUUGCUUUUAAACUCAAUUAUGGCCAAGUAUCAAUAGCUUCCACCGGGCAGAGGUUCAGACCAGCCCAUUAGUGUAUCUCUGUGCAUGUCAGUGCGUGUGUGUGUGUGUUUGAUAACUCUUGUAAAUCUUCACAUGAAGGUGAAGCAAGUGUUUGUACACCUUGUUUGAGAGAAUCUAACAUCAGAGUUCGGCUGUGUUUACAUGAUUCUGCUGCAUUAUUGUCCCUUAACCCUUAGCUUCCUAUAUUUCCCUUAUGCCCAAAUGCAUCAAAAAUUCUGCUUGCAAGCGAAAAACAUUUUCUUUUCAUGUUUUGGGAAAAAUUAAUUUCUAUAGCAGCUCAUAGUAUGGAAAUGAUGACUCUAAUUUGCCAAUAAAAUUUGCUGAGGUUAUCUAAAGUUUUAUUAACAUAAGCUCCUUUGUUGCGCGUCUCAAUGGCUGCUCGGGGAUUAUGGAUUUCUAUACUGUGUGUUUGCUUUAAGGUAUGCUGGUCUGGGUCCGACGGUCAUUGUGUGCCCAGCUACAGUCAUGCACCAGUGGGUGAAAGAGUUCCACACCUGGUGGCCUCCUUUCAGAGUCGCUGUCCUGCAUGAAACCGGCUCCUUCACCAGCAACAAGGUAAUUGUUUCUUAUUGUGUGUUCAAUUUUCAUAUUCAUAACUCACUUGGAAAGUUUUCUACAGGGUCUGUUUUUCCUCUGGGGGGCACUAGAGCUCUGUUUAUGCAGCAUUAUCUCCUAACCUUCUCCCCUCUUCCCCUCUCUCUUCAAACCACAUUAAAGUAGAUGCCCUACUUCCACACUUAAGCUUCCACACAUGGUGAGAAAUUGCACUGACGAGAACUUGAAUGGGUCUAUAUCUUUUUUUUUUUUUUUCCUCUGUUGCAGGAAAAGCUUAUACCAGAAAUAGUAGCGUGUCAUGGUAUCCUCAUUACUUCAUACUCAGCUGUGAGGAAUAUGCAAGACACGCUGCAGCGCUAUGAUUGGCACUAUAUUAUCCUGGACGAGGGCCACAAGAUCAGGAAUCCAAAUGCUGGAGUCACCACUGCCUGCAAACAGGUACUGAUUCAGACAUGAACAUUAACACACACAUUUUGACUUGAUCAAAAUCUUAAAACAACAAAGAAGUUAUAUAUUGGACAAGUUUCAACUUUGUGAAGUAAAAAAAAAAAGAAUUCUUUUAAUUUUUUUUCCUAGUUUAUCUUAUUUCUCCUUCAAAUCAGAGCUCAUGAUUUGCCUCCACUCUUUUAGGAACACAAACACAGUCUUCCAGAAAUAAAUAACACACGUCUUUUCCUCUCUCUCUCUAGUUUCGGACUCCGCACAGGUUCAUCCUCUCAGGCUCUCCCAUGCAGAACAAUUUGAAGGAGCUGUGGUCUCUGUUUGACUUCAUCUUCCCGGGGAAACUGGGGACAUUGCCGGUUUUCAUGGAGCAGUUCUCUGUGCCCAUCACCAUGGGAGGAUACAGCAACGCCUCACCUGUACAGGUACCAGAAGGAACACACAACAAAAUAUAAUUACAGGGUGUCCUGGAGGCUUAUUUGGUAGAAUGUGACAUUUAUAGUUUUGUCUUCUUAAUGUUAUCUGAGGUUAAAUCCAUCUCUUGACUCUUUUUGAUUAUUUAGAAAAAUACUGUGAAGCAAAAAUCAAUUGUUUACAAUUAUACAUCUAUGGAAAAAUUCAACGAAAUAAAAAUUAAAUAUAUACACAAAAUAAAAGUUAACCUAAAAACUAAAGUGCAGAGGAGGCUCCUGAAGUUGACUCAAGACAUCAUGGGAUUCAUUUAUCCUCUCACAUCCUCUUGCAGACUGUUUCAAAGACAGGUCACGAUAAAAGCUAGCUCCCCAUGCAUUUGUGAGUCAUUUUUUAUCAUGGGCGAAAAAUGGGGAAAACAAAAACUAGUCAAUUAAUCCAGCAUCCCUACAACUAAUCCUCUAACUCUCGCAGUGACAGGGCAAAAUCUUCAAACACGCACGAUUUUGUAGAUCUACAUACUUGAAAGCAAAUCAGAAGGAGAGAAAACGCAGCAACAGAGCCAUUAAGUGCAGAGCAGGAUAAUGUAGGACCAUGCAAAGGAACUUCAGUGCAUCCCUUGUGUGUGUGAGAGAGAGAGAGAGAGAGCAAGAGAGGGAGAGGCUAAAGUGGAGAGCCAGCCAGCUAAAUUGUAGCCCUUUGUCAUUAGUGUUCAGUCGUUAAUAAUCCACUGACUGUAUGGAUUUAAUUAUUUAAGCCGGCUAUUGAUGCUUCUUCCGCUGUCGAUAAUAAAAACCUUUACUAAUUAUUAAUGUUAUUAAAUGGUCAGAGAGGGCUAAGCUCUGCUGCCUUAUCCUCUUCUCGAAAUUGUCAGAGCAGCAGAGCAGGUCCACUGCUGAAAUUUACGCUCAUAAAGUCAGAUUUAAGUCAAACUGUACGCUGGCGGGGUGGGGUUGAAGGAGCUUUUUGUUCAGGGAUCCAUUACUGACCCCCACGUGGAUCCACUCAGCAGCUUGUGCAGAGAUCACCAGAUCAUCUGCUGCCCUCCUCUUCUGACCUCCCUCAAGCCCUAAAUCCCACCACCUUAUUGCCCCCUCCAGCACUGCAAAGUGCGUCUUUGAUCCCCUCGUGGACCCCCAGUGAGUUAAUGUUUAAAAGGCUAACUGGCCUUUAGCACCGAGUCGGGAUGAGGAGCAGCAUGACGUUUGCAGCAGGGCGGGAGUGGAUGUUUCUCUGUCUUCCCCUCUGGAGCUGACCGGCUUGUACAGCUGAUGAAAGAGGAGGGUUCAUCCCCAGAGACCAGCAGCACUCUGAUCAAUGUUUAAUGGCUCGUACUACAGAGAGGGACAGCAACAUGAGGGAGGUGAUAGGAGAAGGCAGAAGAGGGGCUAAAGGACAAUCAUGCCUCAGGAAACAUUCACACCGACAGCUGUGGGUGUUGACUGUUUGACAUGCUGAGUUUAAUCCUUUGUUUUUGUCUUUUAGGUCCAGACUGCGUUCAAGUGUGCAAGUGUCCUGAGAGACACCAUAAAUCCUUACCUGCUCAGAAGAAUGAAAGCAGACGUCAAGGCCAACCUGUCUUUACCUGACAAAAACGAACAGGUAUUCAUCAUAGUCGCUGACACUUUGACCCUGUCGUGUCUUCGUAUUGAUCAACCUCUCACGCCCAGAUCUCUGAACUGGGGAGGUGUUUAUCUGAUUGGAUGUGACUGCAUGUGCCACGUCUAAGGAGUAUUUGAUGAAUGUGCACGGCCCUUGUCAGGUGAAGCCAGCUAAUAAAGUCCCAGUAAAGUAAAAGGAGCAGGUAUUCAUUAAGGUGGCCGGUCCCUGGUCUGUCCUCGCGGCUGACGCUGGUUGACUCCUCAGUCCACUUCAGCUCAUUAAGUAAAUCCCUCAGGACAGCAGAGGCUCCAAAAAACACGCUGCUUUCCCUUUAAUUUCUCUGCUCACACUCUGCACUUCAUCAAAGAGCCUUAAAGUGGAUUUUCACUGCUCAUUACACACUCUUAUACUGCUGUGUGUGUGUUUCUGUCCAGGUUCUGUUUUGCAGAUUAACAGAGGAUCAGCGGCAGGUGUAUCAGAGUUUUUUGGAUUCCAAAGAGGUCUACCAGAUCCUCAAUGGAGACAUGCAGGUAAAAUCAACAGUGUUUGUUCAGUACAUCCUUUACUUACUUUUCACAGGCCCAAAACAAACCUCAAGACUUAACCUUGGGAACCAAAUUCUUCCAGACAGAGCAGGGCGCACAAGUUGCCUGGAAGAGAUAAAUAACUACAAAUCCCUUUCUUCAACUAGAAAAGCACUCGGAGAGCGCAGACCUCCGCCAAGCAGCUCAUGUCCCCCCUUAUAUUGUGAUUCACACCAAAACUUUUACUGUUACGUGUCUUUUAUUAACUUUUAUUUGUGUUUCAACUGGUAUGUUCACUGUUCAUAAUGUUCCUAAAACAACAAAGCUCAUAUUAGAUACAUAAAUGCAUGAUUUAUUAUGCAAUACACUUCCUUGUAUCUUCAUUGGUUAUCUUUCAGCAUUGAAAAUUCCAACGACACCCUUAUUUUUGUGUGUUCUGGAUCACAGUAUCCAGAAUUUUGUCUGGAUCAGGAUCAACCUUUGACACCUCAUAAAACUCAUUAAGAUCCUUUUGUGUCAUUUUUUACUAAAGACUCUGGACAUUUUUAUAGAGUUAAAUGCAAAAAUUCCAAAAUUUGCCCUCUCUCACAAUGAUAAAGAAUCCUUCAAAAAAAUUCCUGGAUCCAGAAGGCGAUCCGGAUCACCACCAAAAUGUAAUGGGAUCCUCCUGGGGCUGAGACGCACCUCUGGUGAAAAUUUCAGGUCAAUCCGUCUGUUACUUUCUCCGUAAAGUUGCUAAAAGACAAACAAACAAACCAACGCUACCAAAAACAUUACCUCCUUGGCGGAGGUAAUAAGUGAUGGGACAUGUGGAGCUUUUCACAAUAUUUUCAAGCACUGACUUAAAAGCGACAGGCUUAAGUGUCAAAUCAGCUAAAUUCACACACCUUUAUCACCAAUUCUACAAUGGACUCUAGGUAAAUCCUAAAAGAGAGAUUGCAGAAAUACAGACUCACAAAAAGGUCAUAAUUUUGGGCUGUAAAGUCCUAAUCUAAACCCUCACACACUUACAUGAACGGCUCAAAGACCUGAAGCCAGAGACAAAAAGAAGACUUUCAGAAACAAGUCUGUCUGUUUUCAUUCAUCAACAGUUCAACUUCUUCACCCACAGUUUGUGUUUUUUCAGCGCUCUUAUAAACUUAAAAUAAAACACCACUGUGAGGUGGAAUAAAAACAUUUUUCAGGUAAAAUUUUUAAACCUCACAGCUUGACUUUAGUUUUCUUUAAGAUGCUGACAUAAAGGAAGCUGUGCAGUUGUUCUUCUCACAUUAGCCAGACCCUGGAGAGAGAGAGACUCCUCCAUUUAUCACCACUGACCAAAUGGACGUGGUUGGAGAGCCAGGGGUGACCACGGCAGAUUGCGCAUGCACACACACACACACUCACAAACGCUCAUUCUCUUAGACAUAUUCAGUGGUCACUCUCAGUCCAUUAACCACCAUUACUAAUGCAGUGACCGUUGGGCCUUCAUCAACAAACAGCCUUUAUUGUCCGUAAAUAAAUUAUGUAAGUCAUUCCUGAAGCCAAAGUAAAUGUGUUUAUUUGUUUAAAGCUGAAAUAGAGUAAAACUGCUGAAAAUACACCGACUUUAUUGUAGUUUUGUGACCUGUAAAUUAGUCCCGGACAUACAGGGAGUGCCUGUUUAUUUAAAGGUGCUGCAGAGUUUCCAGCUUGUCAUGAAUAAAACCUAAUUAAUGAAUCAAUUAAUACUUACAUGUGAGCUACAAAAGCGAACAGGACCAUCAGCUGGAGACUGACAAUUUUUUUAAGUCAUUUAGAAAAAUUCUUUAUUUUAGAUGUGAGCCUGACAAUUACAAUCAAAUGCAAGACAAGUAAAAUUCCUGUACUGUAAAGCACAGAAUCAACAGUUAGAUAAGUUAUGUCCGGAAAAGCCGCCAAAAUGUAUUCAAACGAUUUACUCUUUUUAAGAACCUUUCCUCCUUUUCCUCUCUUUUUAUUUCGCUGUUCAGGUUUUCUCUGGUUUGAUAGCGCUGCGUAAGAUCUGUAACCAUCCAGACCUGUUUUCUGGAGGACCCCGCAUGUUGAGGGGAAUCCCCGAGGACCAGCUAACUGAGGAGGAACACUUUGGCUACUGGAAACGCUCGGGAAAGCUGAUGGUGGUGGAGUCCCUGCUCCGUCUCUGGUUCAAACAGGGACACAGAGUCCUGCUCUUCACUCAGUCCAGACAGGUGAGGAGCAGGUCACUCCGGCCGUCUCUUACUUCAGUGGACUCUCAUGAUCACAUGUCUACAUUUGUUUUUGUGAUGCUACAUUUCCUGCCUGUUUGCCUGCUUGUUUUGCAUGUGAGAACAACUGAGCUAAAGAGUGUGUUUGCAUGUCGAUGUGUGUGAGAGAGGAAGGCCCCAGCUGUUGUUGUCAAUACCAAUGAGAUUAUACCUCAGAGGGAACCUGAGACCCUCCCUGUCGGUAUCUCUGUCCAUGUAAUAUUAAUCUGCUCUAAUCCUUUUAGAGAUAAUCCAAACCUCAGCCUCUUCUUUCCUCCUCUCUUUCUGUUUUCCUCCUCCUCCUCCUCCUCCUCUUCUCACUCUGUCUUCAUCAUCUCCCUUGUCUCUAGAUGUUGGACAUCUUGGAGGUUUUUGUGAGGGAGAAUGACUACUCGUACCUGAAAAUGGACGGCACCACCACAAUAGCUUCCCGACAGCCGCUCAUCGCUCGCUACAAUGAGGUAAGGAUUAUGUCUCCCUAAUGGCUCUGAGUGUUUCUCAGGAAAAUCCCGUCCUGAGGGACAAAAGGCUUCAGAGGAACCCGAGGUCCAGAGGUGGAAACAUUUAUCGAUGACAAUCUGUUGUUCUAACUGAAUAAAAAUCAAGUUUCUCUGCUUUGAAAAAAUAAAAUUUAGUAUUCAUUUUAAUGAUGAGUUCAGCAGAAAGAGAUCAUAUUUUUUAGAUUUUUAUCAUUUUAGAAUUAAGUUUUCGAUAUUUUAUAAUAAAUAAAUAAAUAAUAAUUCAGUUUAUGUCCUAACAUUCGCAUUAAAUCAAUCACUGCUAAGGAAAUGAAUUUAAGGUACAGCAUUACAACAAUGAUGUCAGCUUUUAAAGGGAUUUUUAAGGAAUUUUUAGUCGGUUUAGAAUUUUAACUUCUCAAGAAAAGGAUUUUUUUUUUUUAGGAAGGAGGGGAGUCAAUUUUUUUUUUUUUUGGAGGUUUAGUUUCAAGUUCUCUCCUGAUUCUCCUUGAAAAUUAGUCCGUUUUUAAAAGGCUGUACAUUAUUGCUCUUCUGUUCUUGCUGAAACCGUUCAGAGAUAAUCACAAACAGGACAUGAUGUUGAUUUCUCACCGACGAUCUUUUCUGUCCUACAGGAUAAAUCCAUUUUUAUUUUCUUGUUGACCACUAAAGUCGGAGGUCUGGGAGUCAAUCUGACCGGAGCCAACAGAGUCAUCAUCUACGACCCUGACUGGAACCCCAGCACUGACACACAAGUACGACAAACACACACUCAACACUCAAAAUACACCAUUUACAGAGUGCAAACUUUGUCGAUUUAUGUUGUGUAGUGUUCUCAUGCUGAGUAAGACAGCAUCUUGAAAACGCACUUUUACUCCCUGGCUUUUAACUCCUGAGAACUCGGCCUUUUAAUCAUGUUUUUACUGAACCAUCUAUGUCCCCCUGUUUUUAAUGUGUUCCUGUGUCUUGUUUUUAUUGUUCAUGUUAAUUGUCUGGCUCUUUUUAUUUUGUUUUUAAUUUUACUGUACAGCACUUUGGUCAGGGCUUUGUUGUUUUUAAAUGUGCUAUAUAAAUAAAUCUGGAUUGGAUUGGAUUGGAUCUUUUCCUGCUUCCUCAUUUUCUGUAGUUUAACUAAAAGAAUGACUCCACUGAUAUUUCUUCCUUUAUUUAAAUUGUAUCGCGUUGUCUUUAGGCGCGUGAGCGAGCCUGGAGGAUCGGUCAGAAGCAGCAAGUCACGAUCUACAGACUUCUGACGGCUGGGACCAUCGAGGAGAAAAUCUAUCACAGGUCAGUUCGAUUAUUUGUUCUUUUUUUUUUAACCUCCUUUCAUCAGGAUAUUCGAACCCUCAUUGCAAUUAAAACAAGGUUUAAAUCAUCCUGUACUGUCUUUGUUCCGUCUCUCAACCUGUUUUGCAUUUCAGCUGUCUGUCUGUCGACUUCAUAUGUUUAUGAAUAUUGGUAAUAACAUGACUAAUUACUCGCAUCACCGCUGAAUUACUACAUGCACUAUCCCAGAUCUCAGUAAUUGAAAAGCUUUCCUGCUUUAUUAAAUGGCCAAUCUAGGACCUCUAAACUGUUGCUCUGUUUGGUUUGGGUCUGUGAUGUGCUUUGAAACAGCAAACUGGAAAAACUGCAGGGAUUCUAUUUUGGUACCUGCAGAAGUGUGGUUAACUAAUUUUCUCAUCCAUCAGCCAAACUACUCUGUAGUGACAGAGGAGCAGGGAAGCAAAGUGAGGUAAAAUAGCACAUUAUGCACAAGUAUCUAAUUCUGUAUUUUAUCUGUUUCAAUUCAGGCAAAUCUUUAAACAGUUCCUGACCAAUCGGGUUCUGAAGGACCCCAAACAAAGACGGUUUUUCAAAUCUAAUGAUAUCUACGAGCUCUUCACCCUGUCGGAUCCUGACGGAGCUCAGGGAACAGAGACCAGCGCAAUUUUUGCAGGUCAGCAGAUGUUUGUUUGUGUUUCCCCUUUUCUCUGUUAAAGCUGGAUUUGAUUAUUUGAUGGUUUAAUCGUAUGAAUGUCGUUUUUAAAAGGUUAUGAUGUGAUUCUACAGGUACGGGCUCUGAUGUCAGAACACCCAAGAAACCUGAGAGGCCAAAGCCAUCACCACACUUGGUAAAACAUGGCAGCAGGGCUUUUAAACCCUCCGCUGUGAACCAGAAUGAAACUGGUUCAAACAGAAGACACUCCUCUGCAAACAUUCCUACAUUUAAAGAUGGAAAAACUCCAGCACGCAAUGAAAUCUCUCAGCAUAAUGUUCCAACAGACCAAGGCAUCGACCAAAACGGUGUGGAUAAGGAGCCAAAUAUUUCAGGCAACCCCACACUCGCAGAAGAGGAUAACAAGGAUGUAGUCAAAAACUCAAACACACCGAGCUCUGCUCAGCGCAGAGACAAAGACUCGGCUUCAACCAGCCCACAGAAACACCGAGACAAGAGGAAGCACUGUGAGUCCUCCGACUCAGACAAACACAGUCAUAAGAAACGGAAACACAAAAAAGAUGCCCGAUUCGAGGGCCACCGUAUCUCUCACUUGGUGAAGAAAAGGACAUUCAAGAAAGCUGACAGUGAAGAGAAUGAAACCGGCGACCAGAAGAAGUCAGACGAUUAUGUUUUGGCAAAGCUCUUCAAGAAAUCUGGUACGAUUUUUCAACUACACGAUGAAAUUACACAGUCUCAUGAAACAAAAAGCUUAUCUUUGUUUUUUUUUAUCCUCUGGUCUUCUUCAGGUAUCCACAGUGUGAUGCAGCACGACACCAUCAUGGAGUCCUCUAACCCUGACUACGUCCUUGUGGAGGCCGAAGCAAACAGGGUGGCCAAAGACGCCUUGAAAGCUCUCAAGGUUUCUCGCCAGCAAUGCAGGCUGCCCUAUAACAGACCCCCUCCUCCACCUGCGAGGUAAACAUUUAUACGCUGGGCUUGUUCAGAGCGUCUCGAUUCACAUUUUGAACAAACUUAUCUCAUUAUUUUGAUGAUCUUCUAUCUCAGGAAAAGGUUUGGCCAAAAGAAGAACUCUCUCUUGGUUGAUAGUUCUGUUAAAUCAGCGCCUACUUCAAGCAAAUGCAAGGUAACAUCAGCAUGAAGAAAAUAAAAUGAGAGUGGUUUUAGCGUUUUUUUUCUGUUCAUCAUGAUUUGAUCUGUUUUUCUCUAAAGGAUGCUGCCCUCGUAAAGAAGUCUGUAUCAAAGAAACCGGGUUCAGCAGCUCAUUUCAGCGGGGAGGCCCCAGAAAGCGACUCAAACUCCGCCCCACUCUCCUCCUCCUCCCUCCUGGCCAGGAUGCGAGUCCGCAACCACAUCAACCUGCCCUCCAGCCAUAGAGAUGUAGAAGAAGAGGAAGAAGAGGAGGGCGGCUCUACAGCAGCAGCAUCAAGCUCCCAGGCCCCGCCCACCGAGCACGACGAGCUGCUGGUGGAUCUGAGGAACUUCGUAGCCUUCCAGGCGAGCGUGGACGGUCAGGCCACCACACAGGAGGUGCUGGAGUAUUUCAAACCCAGGCUGACCCAGAAUCAGGCGCCGGUCUUCAGAGAGCUGCUCAGGAGCAUUUGUGACUUUCACAGGAGUUCUGGUCAGGAGGGGAUGUGGAGGCUGAAGGAGGGAUUUCGCUGAGUGGAACAAACUGAUGCAGAUUUGAGUUCUUCUACGCCAUGAGUCUAAAAACAUGACAGAUUUGUUUUCACUUGUUUUCAGUUACCUUUUGGUUCAUUUCUGACAAAAACACAUUAUCCACCGUUCAGCCAUACUGACAUUUACACAUUAUUAAACUGUAAGUGGAGGACCAUGUCGUAGGAAAGCCACGGCGCAGUGUCAUACACACUCCAACUAUAGUUAGCUGUGAAGGAACUUAAGUUUGUUUAAUUUUUAUCUUUAGUGUUAGCUGGUUUCAGUUCUGCUCUUUCUUUGCACCUGGUUAUACUUGAAUUCACUUUUGUCAUAUUUGCCUGAGAGUCGCCCUGUACCAUCCUGAGUAACCGUUUACACUGAUGUUUGUUGUUGCUUAUAAAAACCUGCACCUGGACAGCCUCAGAGGUUGUAAUACACUUGUCUAAGCUGUGAUGAGAGUGCUGUACUGUUCUGUAAAUAUGAUUGAGACCUCACCGGUUGUGCAGAUUUUGUCAUUCUUGAACUGUGUGUACAAACACAACCUGAAUUUGUUGGUGGUUUACAGUUCUGUUGAAACACCUACCUCCUGGUAUUUGUGGUAAAACUGACAGAAGCUGAGAUGAUCAGCUGCCAUGUUUUAUAGGGAAUAAAAAUCAACCAAUGCAGUCAUGCACUGACUGAAUGCAGUAAACCUUUGCAACUGUGUUUUCUCUGUUUGUUACAAG